UGGAAGUGUGCGAAUUCAUUUCGCAAAAUUCCGUAAAUAUUGUUCACUGAGGAAUGAUAUCGUCGAUCAGGAUUCAGUGUGACCAGCUCGUCGUUGCGGACGGCGACCGAAACCCCACGCGCACAUCUCUCUGACUCUCUCAAUUUUUCGCCCUUGUAUUCUCAAGACCUUAUACAUUAAUAGUCUCCGACGGUUUGGUCCCGCUUAACUGAACUUCCCAGAAGGUCUGCCAGCUCAGCACGCAAAAUGUCAAGCACUAGUACUUUUUCACCAUUAUUUACAUCUUCUUUUCCUGGUACUCCUACUGGUGCAAUCAAUGGUAGUAGUACGAGCAGUACUACUAGUGCCGAACCCAGCUUAACUUCGAGUGCUGCCUUGUAUCUCUACACCUUUCUUGCUACACUCGUCCUUCUCCUCGCUGUUUCAUCCGCCAUUGUUAUCCGCAGCCUUGUACUUCGACGACGUCACCAACGCAUUGUAGAAGAAGCUAUCCGAGCAGGGACAUGGCUCCCUCACCAACCGUAUGAUCCCAGAGGGAGUCGCAGACGAAGAGAUAUUGGAAAGAAACCAAAGUUGUGGGAAGCAUGGCUCCGGAGUGGUGAUGAGGAGGGCCCAGCUGACAUCAAAUGUGCUUGGGAUGACAUAAUGCCCGUCUACGCCGCUCAUAUUAAGUCUUCUUCAAGUGCACGGUCCUCGAGGCCACAGUCACCGCAAACCCGAUCUGACGCGUCGUCUCGCACGAUGCGCUUCCUACGAUCUUACCGUACACCAUUUUCACCAGCACCGGCGACGUCAUCUCCGAUUGUUCCUUCUACACCUGUAUCUUCAUCUCCGUCAACAUCGGCACCUUAUUCCGUAAGCGUAGCUGUCCUCAUUGCAAUGCCCACACAAUAUCACGCGCGGGAGGCGGAUGGACCACCUGUCAUUGAGCUUGGCGUUGUCAAUGUCCCUCUCCGAGACAUGAGCCCAAGCGGUGACCAGCCAUAACAGGCACUCGUGGUGGUUCUAGGCUAUGUAUGUAUACUUAUUGUUUCUAGCGCUAUUAUUUAAUACAGCAUGCUACAUCAACAUGUAUAGAUGUUAUGUACUUAUAACUGCCACCUCAUCGCCAUGCAUUCUGUCGAAGCGCAGACGCACCAUCACUUACGUAGGCGUUGAUCGGUCUGUUCGUCCUUAAUAUAGCUGUGUUGAUCAAAGUGGCGCGUUAAUGCUUUCUGGGAUGGUCGCCGUCUUGUGCUUGCAGCAAUGGUCGAGAACGGGAUAGUUCAUUAAUCCCAAUGACCAUACCUUUCUUGGUGACUGGACUGUUUAUCUUAUCGAUGUACUUACAUGCUUCUGCCUCGAGGACAUGGAGCCAUGGUGUUGAUGGGGUGUCAAUGUCAAUUGAAAUGAUCUGCG